GACGAUAGCAUUGUGACAGCUCUGGGGCUCCGGCCAGCCUUCUCCCAAGCGGGUUCCUGGCUCAUGCAGCACAUGACCUUCGUGAUGAAGCCCUUCACAGCCUUGGCCUCCGAGUGGAACAUCUCAGGGCUGCACUUCACCCUGGACCUCAUGGAGGGCGACUACACGGCCAUCUCCGACAUUCCCGCUUGGGCUGGCGUGGCGCCCUCUGAAAUCGCAGCCCGGGUCCGCUUUAUCGGUCCACUUUACGGCAAGCUAAAGAAGGAAGUGCCGCCAGAAGUCUUCGCUUUUCGCGAGCAGGAAUUGGUGCGCAAGCACCCGAGCUGGUAUGUUGUGGCCCCGGUGCAUACGCUCCUGAAGAAGGCUGGCGUGGAUACUACGAAGGCGGAGGAGCUAGCGGCCGCCGGUUUAUCCUCACCACACCUCUUCCUCCCCAGCGAGCUUCUCCCAGCGCAGAAGGUGGAGCCUUUGUGCGACGUGGCUUUCACCCAUGGCGGGCAAGGUACAGUGCAGACCAGCAUGUGCUCCGGUGUGCCUUUCCUGGGAGUUGGAAUGAUGCCAGAGCAGGACAUCAACGUGCGUCUGGCCGUUGAGAAAGGUAUGGCUAAGCAGGCGAUGAAGUCCCAGUCGCCCGCGGAGAUUGUGGAUCUUCUUCAGCAGGUCGUCAGCUCGGAGCAGAUGCGACAGCGAGCAGCGGUUGUCAAGGAGGAGUGCCGUGAGUUCACUGGGGAGCACGCGUUCGUGGACUUCAUCCGCGAGAAGGCUAUCCCUCCGAUUUGA